CCUGUGCGCCACAGGUAGAGUUCAGUAGCCGUCUUCCUGGUCGUGCUUCCGCGGCCCAUUAUAUGAGUGAAAAAAGACGCACAACUGCGGAGAACCGUAGCCAGCCGACCGACCGCAUGACACACUUUGUUGUGGUUGACGUCAGUGACCGACCGAAGUGUCGUGUGGGCCACCGACACUGGCGCAGACAGAGUCACGUGGUCCGUUUAAAUCUCCCAGCUGUCUCGCACGUAGAGAAUUCUAUGGUUGAGGCUCGAUAAGAUCUAACUUGCGUCUGAGCUAAAGAUGGCGGACGGAGAGAAUGCGCUCCUGGAUCCCAGCGCCAGGGUCUCUGAUACGGGAGAGCCCCUGUCCAAAAAGCCCAAGUUAGGCGUGACGAUGGGAUGUGGGGUAAAAACCUGUCGGACAGAGCAGGGAACGGGAGAGGCUCGGGCGGCGGAGGUAGCUGAGCGGGCGGAAGGGGAGAGGAAGGUUGAGGCGGUGGCGGUGGUGGUGGGGCAGGCCACGGCUCCAUCAGGCGGAGACAAUGAGCUGGUUUCGGAGCUCGAUGGAGAGCCGCUGAAUCAGGAAGAGAAGGCGCUGGUCGACGGACCCACUACGGAGCUACCAGGUGUACCUCCCAAUGGAUGUCAUUCUCACGACUGUGACGGCGACGAUGAUGAUGACGACGACGACGAUGGUGAGGAUGAUAAUGACGACAGAUCUUCACGAGCAAGUUCAAGCGAUUGGACACCUCAACCGCAGAUAGGUUCUUAUAGUUUUAUUCAGCAACACAUCAUGAGAGAAACCGACCCCCGAACAAUUUUGAAGGACCUCCUUCCAGAAACCGUUCUUCCACCUGACCUUGAUGACAUGACCCUCUGGCAGAUAAUUAUCAACAUCUCAGAACCCCCCAAAAGAAAGAAGCGCAAAGAUCUGAACACCUUGGAAGAUGUGGUCAGGCUACUGCAGGAGUCCAAAAGGAUUCUGGUCUUAACAGGUGCUGGGGUGUCCGUGUCAUGUGGAAUACCUGACUUUCGAUCCAGAGAUGGCAUUUAUGCCAGGCUUGCUAAAGAUUUCCCUGAUCUUCCAGACCCUCAAGCAAUGUUUGACAUCGAAUAUUUCAGGAGAGACCCAAGGCCUUUUUUUAAAUUUGCAAAGGAGAUCUUCCCGGGACAGUUCCAGCCAUCGCCGUGCCACAAAUUCAUUUCAAUGCUGGAUAAGGAAGGGAAGCUUCUUCGGAAUUACACGCAGAACAUUGACACGCUCGAGCAGGUGGCGGGCGUGCGGAGGAUCAUACAGUGUCACGGCUCCUUUGCCACAGCUUCCUGCCUCAUCUGCAAGUACAAAGUCGACUGUGAAGCAAUUAGAGAAGACAUCUUUAAUCAGGUUGUACCACACUGUCCAAGGUGUCCCGACUUCCCCUUGGCGAUCAUGAAGCCCGAUAUAGUCUUCUUUGGAGAAAACCUGCCAGAGCAGUUUCACAGGGCAAUGAAACGGGACAAAGAUGAAGUCGACCUGCUCAUCGUCAUUGGGUCUUCUCUUAAGGUGCGACCGGUGGCACUUAUCCCAAGCUCGAUCCCACACGAAGUGCCUCAGAUUCUGAUCAACAGAGAGCAACUUUCUCACCUGAACUUUGACGUGGAGCUUCUGGGGGACUGCGAUGUCAUCAUAAACGAACUGUGCCACAGGUUGGGUGGGGACUACAAGCAGCUGUGCUUCAACCCUUUAAGACUGAGUGAAAUCACGGAGAAACCCCCGCGGCCUCAGAGAGACCUUACCGCGGAUCCCGCCUGCGACGCCACGCCAAACUCCCCGCAGCUCGGCGAGAGGGAAACGGGCCGGUCGAAACCGACCUCCGCCGAACCCGUGGAGGAUGCAGAGGGGCGAUUACCCCCCAAGGCCACGCCCCCUCCAGAGGAUGUAACAGACAGCCACCCGAACACUAGGACACAGUCCCCCGAACACGAGGACAACGAAAGCCUCGAGCCGCCACUUGGAGACGUCCACACAGAUGAUGCCUUUAGGUUGAAGGACAGGAAUCCAAAAAUUGAGGGGCACAGAAGAUGCUGGCUGAGCCGAAUUGGCAGGAGUCCAAUCAGCAAGCGCCUCGAAUCCUGUCAAUACCUGUUUCAAGCUCCAAACCACUACAUCUUCCACGGGGCCGAGGUCUACUCGAACUCGGAGGACGAGACGUCCAGCUCGUGCGGCAGCGAGAGCGAGGGGUCCUUCUGCAGCCGCAGCCCGCUGGAGGAGGAGGAGGACAGCGACGCGGACGAGCUGUACGGCGCCACCACCGCCGACGAGGAGCAGGAGGCCAGGGAGGAGGGUCUGAGAGACACGCUGCCACUAAAACAAGCUAGCGGGGGCUUCCCUUCUGCGGUACAGUCGGAUAGAGCAGCCGAGGAUGUCCCAAACGCAGCACAGACGGACAGUGCAGCCGAGGAUGUCCCAAACGCAGCACAGACGGACAGUGCGGCCGAGGAUGUCCCAAACGCAGCACAGACGGACAGUGCAGCCGAGGAUGUCCCAAACGCAGCACAGACGGACAGUGUGGCCGAGGAUGUCCCAAACGCAGCACAGACGGACAGUGCGGCCGAGGAUGUCCCAAACGCAGCACAGACAGUCAGUGCGGCCGAGGAUGUCCCAAACGCAGCACAGACAGUCAGUGCGGCCGAGGAUGUCCCAAAUGCAGCACAGACAGAGAGCGUGGCCGAGGAUGUCCCAAAUGCAGCACAGACAGAGAGCGUGGCCGAGGAUGUCCCAGACGCAGCACAGACAGAGAGCGUGGCCGAGGAUGUCCCAAACGCAGCACAGACAGACAGCGUGGCCGAGGAUGUCCCAAACGCAGCACAGACAGACAGCGUGGCCGAGGAUGUCCCAAACGCAGCACAGAUUUGAGAACGAACUCAUCAGACGUCACCAUUUUAGCGACAACGUGUCUACAGGCAUUAAAACGGCAUGGGAUACACACGUGCACGCUCGUCCUCUGACCAUGGACCACGCAGCAGGGUCGACGCGUGUCCUUGAGUGUGGAGGCGAGGGGUGGUGGGAUUAUAUCGCUCGUAGCCGCAUUGGCGGCGUGAGCGUACAGAAGCUACGCGACGAUCUGUCACAGGACCUUUUGGACCAAGUAAUAUGAACACUGACCGCUGCAAGUUUUUGAGACCUGUAGACUGCUGUAGAAACCUUGUGUCCUGGUACUGUUGGAAUAGGCUCCAGAACUUCCUCAACAAAUAAGGAGGUGUGAAACUGUCAUUAAAGCUAAAGAAGAUCUAAAUUAAUGGUUUGUGGUAUGUAUUUAUCCUAAGUUUCUUUUUUUUUAUGAUCAAGCAGUUCUUUCAUGGGAGUAAUUCUUCUUGACUACUGGAGUAUAUUUAUGUAUGUAUGUACGUAUGUAUAUGUGCGCACACACACACACACACACACAUCGUUUAGUACAGUUACAUUUACUGCUCACACACCCCAGUGGUAUGGUACAAACAACAGGUUCAUCCAAAUUGUCGGAUGUUACGUGUACACAGAUUGCAUUUAAUUUAGUAUGAUUUACCUGUUCAUAUUUGGCUGUUAAGUUUGUAAAUUAAAUCACUGCCAUUCUGUUAGUUGUAGGAUGACAAAGGGAAUAGCAAAUGUAGACCAAAGAACAUUUUUUUCUGCAUACAUAAAGAGGACUUUGUUCUCAGUCCUUACUAAACCUCUCUUCACAUCUGUGCAACACAGUAAACGAAACACUGGCAUUUCUUUUUCUUGAAGAUUAUUGGCAGCUACUUUCUUAAGGUAGAGCUAGUGUCAUUAUUUUUGUAUUUUCUAAUACAUUAAGGCAUACUCAGCAAGAGUAGGCGAUGGUUUUCAAAAAAAACUAAAAAAAUAAAUAAAAAAUAGAAAACGACUGUAGCUCGGAGUGUGAACAUAUUUUAAGCCCGGUGGGGCAAAAGCACUUUGUUUCACAAAUUUCUUCCUGAGGAAAUGGUAAAGAUUGCCAUUUUGGGUAAAAUCCAUCAAAAAUCAGUUUGGUACAAUUCGUUUGAUACGUGCCUCAGACAUAGAGGUUAAAAUCCAAAUUCUAGGAAGCAUCAAGACUACAAGCAUGGAGAAUAUUCAAGCCCUGUAGGAAUUUCCUGCAAUUUUAAACUUUUAAAUUUAGUUUCACUUAUUCACUACCGCGGUUGCAGGAAUACAAAUCAUAUAUACAAAUGUACCCCACAGGUACAUUUGGUGAAGGUAUCCUUCACCAUUUGGAAGGCAUCACUGAAUUUUGUUCAGUCUGGAUAAAUCGCUAUAAACAAAUACAGAAGCUUCGGGAAAGUGUGUGCAAUGCUGAAGCAGAAUAGAGGAAAUGCAAAUACCAUCUGAUCUGGAUUUGUGACAAAGCAUUCAUAUAUAAACCUUUCACCUGAAAAGUACUUCAGAUAGUUUUUCUAAACAAUACUUAAUUCUACCAAAGAAUGAGUUAAGUUAAACUUUCAGACUUAAAAAAAAAAAUACAGAUCAAGGAUAGUGGGGCUUCAUGAAAUGCAAAAUGGGAGGAGCCAUCACAUGCUCACUAAUGCGGACCAAUUUUUAUUUUUGAUGAUUUAGUUAGCAAUUGGAGAGAAAAAAAAUCAAUCAGUUUCAAAACCAUCGAUGGCUCACUUCAGGUUCACCCAUUAUGGAUUUCAUAAAUACUUCUUCACUAUUGCAAGGGUAUUUAUGAAAUCUUCUGCAUCUCUGUAAGAAUCUGCUCUGACUACCAAACUAGUUUCCACUGCAAUGAGCUCGACUUGCUGUGCCCACAUGGUUUUAUUUUCUCAUUGAGCCUAUGGAAUUGAUGGGAGAAUCAAUUCAGUUAUAUUCUCAUGGUGGACCUGACAAACUUACACAUUGUACUUUCGGCUAUUAGGAAUGCUGUCCCCUUUGAUGAGUUAUGUUCUGAAAGAAAAAUGAAAAUCAUUAAGUUUUCAUUUGCUUUUGUUGAAAGUCAUGUAGCUUUCUGGGGUAAGAUCUGAGGAUUGUGGAGUGGUUUGGCCUUUAAUUUUAAGGAAUUUUUUAAAGUUUUUCUGAAAAUGAUUGUUGAAAUGUGUCUGCCCGUUUACUGCAUCAUAACGGGUGAUUUCUACACCUGUGUGAUGCUACAUGGUUUGGUGCCCAUUUUGAAGAACACUGUUGAAAAUUUUGUUUUGUACUGUACAUUGCCAGUAUGUGCUUUGUUAAUGUAUUUUGUGCUCUCAUUACAGUUCCUUUUUCUGUAGUGGCUUGGAGUUGAUUAUAAGCAUCUGGUUUAGUGGUUUAUACAGGUCUUCUCUAACUCAGAAAAUUGCAAGCAUUUCUACGUCUUAUAAAGCCGAUAUACCUAGUAGCCCGCACAACACAAACUAGCCACCCAAAAUUUAUUUCAAUAUUUGGAUAUUUCUCCACUGCAGUAUCAGGAUUACAAAUGAGUGUACUGUAAUGUGCAUUAAGGAAAUUGACAAGUCCUAGUCAAUUAAACGGACAGUAAAUUGGAACAGUGCCAGCAAAACCACAUUAAUAGUGCCAGAAAUUAAUGGAUAAUCUCCAUACUAUUUGCCAAACUAUUAAAAUAAAUAUUACAAAUAUGUAAUACCUAGAAGGACCUUGGUGUAGUAUUUGAGAAAUCAUAAUGCAAAAAUACAAUAUAUUAUACACCUCAAGUUAUUAACAAAUAGUUUUAAGAAACAAAAAGCUCUUUUUGGUUUAUAUUUUUUUAACCAUGAAAACCAGCAACCUCAUAGUUGCACAGAAUGCACAAUGAUAUUGUUGGAGUAGCUGCACAACAGAACGCAGGCAGUAAUGCAUAAGAGAUGGGAAACCUUUGCAGGGGAGCAGAAGGAAGGGAAGAUAAAGUUGUCACUUACUGUGUGAAGAGGUCAGAGUUUCCCUGUCCGCUUCCUAUAUUUUAAAUCUGGGCCACAAUUUUCGGUAAUCCCAGCUGCUCCAAGAAUACUUCAUCUAAAGUACAAUAUAAGGGAGAUGAUAUGUACUGCAUUGGUGUGGUGAAAUCAAUUCUCACCCAAACGCAGUAUUGCUAUUUCCAUUGUACAUUGUUUACACUGCAGCGUGGUUAAUGUCAGCACUUUGCUACAGACAAAUGAGGAUUUGGAAAAAUACACCGUUCCCCGAUACCAAUGAGUGAGAUUUUCCUCCCCUUUCUCACACACAUCCAAGAUUCAGAUACUAUGGGGAUGUGACUUCAGUCUGUUUAACUAUGAAAAAUGACAAUAUGAAGAAAAUUAAGAAAUGCUUGAGAAGUCUAAAUUCAGGUUAUCACUAUUUGUAAUGGCAAACUAAAUGGUGGCCAUGCUUUACUGAUCAGCUUCUGACCUGCGUGUUGCAUUAGAUGGGACAAGAUCUCUCAGAAAUGUGCUAAGGGUCCAUUUAAUGCAGGAAAUACAAUGUCUAAGCAUUUAGCAGAAAUAAUGUCAAGCUUCCUUAAAUGUGUAUAUGAAUGAACAAAUCUUGCAAAUGCUUUUUUUUUUUUUUUGUUGCUGUUUGCUAUUUCAUUUUAAUCAUUUUUGAUGAUUAUUUUCCAAAGGUGGCCUAUUGCAUUUUGAAUUUGUAUGUUUACAAUUCAUGUUCAUUUUUGCUGUAUUAAGAUUAGGUCUUUACGUUAAUAGUAGCAUGAUGCUACAGGGAUGCAUCUUUUGCAGCUGGUGGAAUCAGCUGUAACAAGACAAUGCUCCUUUGUGUUGUAUGCAUGUGUUCAUAUAAAAGAUUGUAUACCUGUAAUCACUAGCUGAUAGCAUCUUUUCUGCAAAAUAAUAUGGACAACAUUGGCAAGGUUUUCUAGUUUUAUAUGUAGAUUUUUCAAAUGUGACAUGGAUGUUUUUUCCACAAAACAAGACAGUUGUGUGUCCAGCAUUACUCUUACCUAAUCCUUUCCCAUUGUUGCCAUUUGUACUUUGGUCUUGAACUUCAGAAAUAUUGAUUUUCUAUCUUGGGGACACUUCUCUAUAGACUCUUGAACUAUACAGUUAAUGUAUGUAUACCAGUAUAAACAGAAAAAAGCAUAAAAACAUAAUGCAAUAAAGUGUCCUGCAUUCCUUCAA